AUGUAAACCGAAAACAGAAAACCCGUCAUAGAUAUUUUCACUUCAGUUUCAGAAUUCGUAAAAAAAGUGUUGAUACUACCAGGAUUGCCACCAGGAUGUUUUAACUACUUCGUGAGUCUCGAGUAGUAAGGCAGCUCAAUUUUCAGAUCGGAAGUGGACACAAGCCUUGUGAUCACAAUGUUUUCGUUCUUCAAAAGUGUUGUGAUCGGCUCUCCUGAAACAAACACCAACACCAGGACGGAUACCAGUUACACCAGGCAGGACACCAGUGACACUAGUGCGAAAACCAGAUGGUUUCAACGACUUAGUGAGGAUGAAGUAAAACCGGACAUUUUAUGGAUAAUUUGUUCCAUGUUCAAAAUGAAGACGGUCCAGGAUGUUAAGUCUGACAUAGCUUCAGAACUUGAUGAAGAUAGAAAUAACAUCGACAUUGUCGAUAAUGACAGGGUAAUAGAAGGGUCACGCCUCGUCCAAGACCUGUCGCGCCCCCUACAGGUGGUGGUACACAACGCUAAUAGGACACUUCCCCGACGUCUUCAAACGAAUAAAAAAGACAUGAUGAAUGAUUGGGAAGAGGAACCAAGAUGUUUGAUGUCAUGUGGACAUGCUAUUACACCGGACAAUCUAUACGACUACUGUUGGGCAGAACUUACCAACAAGCUUGCCAUCACUUUCCACUGUUUUGCUCAAGUGGGUGAAAGACAGACGGAAAGUUGUAAUGCAGUGUGGGGGUUCCAGGAAGUAGUUGACGGCGCAUGCUUGUCUGUAGAUGAGCGGGCUCUGUUUGAGUCCCGUAUCAAUCGAAACUUCGUGUAUCAGUCCGAGGGUAUCCAAGAAUGUCCAAACUGUCGUGUUACCUGUGCACGACAAAGCUCGGAAAACCCGCGUGUGCUGUGUGUCUUCUGUAAAAGAGCAGGCAAAGCUCAGUACGAAUUCUGUUGGUUUUGUCUGUUGCCAUGGAAUCAUAAUCACAGCUGCAGCAAGGACGUGGUACGGCAGAUUCUAACGACAUGCCCAAAGAAAGACAUUGUUAAAGUUCCCGGAUGUCCAGCUAUACGCGCAUGUCCAAAAUGUCAGCUUCUUAUUGAGCAUAAGGAGGCAUGUAAACAGAUGAACUGUCGUGGAUGUCAGACCGCAUUCUGCUUCAUCUGUCUCAAUGUAAAAGGAUCAAGUGGUUUUACUUGUGGUUCGUACGACAGCGCGUGCAGUGUCGCUCCAAUACAGACAAUCAAUUAAACAUUUGUAGUGAAAUACUAGUACGUUGUUCAUUGGUAAUUGUGGUAGCACAUUACAUGUAUGCUUUAGAUAACAAAACAUAACAUUCCUUGGUGUAUCAAACGGUGCACUAUUUUAAUCAUACACUAAGAGACUAAUUCAAGUCCUUUAACAAAGUAAAUUAUAUGUAGACCUGACUAAAAUUAUUGUACAGUACAUAUACAAUUAUAUUCCAUUCUAUUUUAAGUGCCUCACACACGAGUGCCGGGCAGUUAUUGUUAUCUGUGCGACGGAAGUGAUGGAGUGCGCAAGUGUAAAAAUUAUGGGUCGAGAUUACUGCUGCUGAUUUUCAAAUAAAGUUUUCAAAUGCCUGGUCCAGCAAUCA